CUUUUAAGAGGUCCUCUACGGUCCUACUUGCGACGGCCAUUGCUGUGAAAAAUUUAACGCCGUGUGUUCCAUUUGCAACUAAAACUCAGAAAUCUAAGAAUCUCGAGUAGCGUGCACGCAACCGUUGUCAAAUGUAAGCAAUAUAGUUAAGUGCUUGUCUUAAUCGCUCUACACAACGUUCGCCAAGGCUGAAAUCCGGGUUUCCAAGAGCCGUCGUCGGGAGUCUGCCCCCUGUUUCUCCAUCUCUCUUCCACUCGCGUCGACCAAGUAACUGCUGCGGGCCUUGUGUAUUGGUGUGUAUGUGUGUGAGUGUGUGUGGUUGUGAAGCUGAAAAAUGGAAAAAAGAAAAAAAUGCAAAUUUUGCUCCACCGUGGAGGCCAAGCCGGUUGGUCCCCCGCCGACUGGAAUCUGUACUUGAAUCUGGAUAUCCGAACGUCGCGUAAUGGGUUGAACCGCGAUGAUGAUUCCCCUCCAACGCGAUCUCGCUCGCGUCCACUGGCAGCCCGUGUCGCGUCCCGGUACUUGCACUUUUUUUUUCGUUUUCAGCCUCCGGUACCCGAUAACCUUGCUCUGAAUGCUGCCCCGCGUCGCGUCCUCUUCUAAAUCGCCCCAAAAAUACUGUCUAUCUACCUGGCCUCUCAGCUCUUGAUUUUGUUGAUGUUGUAGUUUUUGUUGUUGUUUGAGAUUUCUAAUGCCUGUCUUUCAUGUUUCUAUUAUAAAAAUUGUAAUAUAUUUGCAGCUUGUUGUGUAUGUUUUUGAAAUGGUAAAGUGUGUUGUCGCGUUUCUCGCCUAAGAACUGUAUAUAGCACAUACAUACCGUCUGGGGCAAUAUACGUGCGCGAUUAUUGUUGCCAUCCCGUUCCCGAUCCCGCUAUCCCGAUCGCCCAAUCGCCCACUCGCCGGCUCGCGAUGGCGUCACGCAGGCGCGCCGAACUGAAUCCCAAACUGCACAUGGACAGGCAGCCGACAGCUGCCCGCAUAACAGAUCCAUCAUUACCAGCCGGGAAGCGACGCGAGAUCGACAACGUUAUGAAAAAGGCUCGUGCCAACACAACCAACGACUAUUGGGACAAGAAACUGAUUGAGGCCGAGGAGAAGGACCCCAACCGUUGGCGCCACACCGGCUACAAGAAGAUGUACAUCCAGGGCGAGAGCAGCUCUGGCGAAAGUGAUCGUGAGGUUGUGCCCCGGGAAGGACGUGACGGCCGUGAUGGUCGCGACGGACGCGAGGGAGCGCCUCCCUAUAGUCGUUACCCACCCAGCGGACCGCCGCCUGGUCAUCCGCCCCCGCGCUACGGCCGUUCGCGUUCACCACACUCGCGUAGCCGUUCUCGUUUACGGAAAUCACCGCCGCUGUCGCCGCCAUCGCGCCGGCGAUCACCACCGAUGCCCAUGCACGGCAUGGAGCGUCGCGGCGGUCCACGAUCCCCACCGAUGCCGCGUUCGCCCAACAGCCACGAUGCAAUGAUGCGUCGUCCCGGUAAUGGCCACGGCAGGCCACGUUCGCCACCGGAACCCAGCAGCUGUUCCACGUCGUCACUGCGCCGAAAGCCAACCGCGUCGCGAUCUCCGCUAAGCCGGCGUCGAUCGCCGCCAUUGCCGCCACCAUCGUCCUCGUCGUCGGGAAUGGAUAAGCGUGGUGGCGUCACCCACAUACUACCGCGUUCCAAACGACCACCCUCGCCACCGCCAAGGCAUUCGAUGCGUUCGCGUUCUAAUAGCUCGAUGAGCAGCAGUUCUGAUGAUUCCUGCUCCUUGUGCUCCCCCAGCCAUCGCCAUAGGUCUCGAUCUCGCGGUCCUCGUUCGCCGCCUCCCAAGCCACGUGGCCACUAUCGACAGGGGGCGCCGCCGCCCCCACCGCCGGAUUCACAUGGCCGCAUCCAUGGUCGUCCUACCACUCCACCGCCCGUGCGCGGAGGUAGCAGUGCGGUGUCCGCCAUGGAGAAGUACCGCCAAGCGAAGUUGCGGCACGAGCGCGACUCCUCGUCGGAUAUGCACCCAAAAAUUGGUCGGAUAGCGCGUCACUCUCCGCCGCCGGAGGAUCCGCGAUUGAAGCACCGACCACCAGAGCCACCAGAACCAGCAGCAGCGCCAGCGGGUGCGCCAUCAACCCAAGCAAAGAAAAAGAAGAAAGAAAAAGAGGUGAGACCCCGCAUCAAAAUUGAAGGUGAGAAACGGAAAAAGCAUCCGAGCGGCUCGGCAAGUGCUAGCGGAGGUAAUGUGGCUAACUCCUCUUCGGACUCGGAUGACUCGGGUGGCUCAGACAGCGAUGAAGUCGGCUCGCUGCCGACUUUUUCGGCUACGACGCGUUUAACGCUUUCGGAGCGUUUCGGCAAAAUGGCGCAGUGGAGCAUCGACCGGAGCAAUAUGGAAAACAUGCGCAUCACCAAAGACUCCACCGGUGGGGCACUGAAGGUGAUGAUCGAAGAGGGUCUGGAGUCGCCACCGCGCCGCUACUCGUAUUCGCCGGCACCGGUCGGGCAUUUUCCGGAGGAGUUGGCCACAACAGCACCGACGGGCAUGCUGUCGUGGGACGAUGUUCGCGUCCGUUAUGACUACUACAAAAAUCGUGGUUAUCUGAGAGACUUGGACCUUAAGGAUUAUAUCAAGUGGGAGGAGUGGUGGUAUAAAUACCAGGAGUGGUUAAAACAGGAACGCUACUACGAGUACUGGGAUCGUAGCCAGCAAUUGCGUAGACGGCGCAAGAAGCUGCCGGUCACUCAGCGCUUGAACUAAAGAGCACUCUUGACAUUCACCGCAUCUCUCGCAUUGUACUGCACCUUUCUCCUUCUCACUCAUCUUUCUUUUUAUUUUCUUUUUCAUUUGUGUUAUUUCUUUAUUCAUUUCUGAUCUAUUCUAUCAUCUUCUGUACAUUAAAAAUGUAUAAUACUGCAUUUGCCAGCACAUAUAUUUUAUGACUAACAAUAAACAUCAGCCAGGCACUGAUCGCUGGGCUUGGUUCGUCGCCUAGAGAUUACCUUAACACUGAACUUUGUAAGUUUUGUUGUGUGCAUGCUGUUCAAUGCAAAGCAGACACCUAGACACUUGUAAACUUAUUAAAUAUAAUAUAAAUCGAA